GCUUCCCAACCGCCCGCGACGGUCCGCGGCCAGGCAGCGGUGGGGAUGGCGAGCCGCGGAGCCAGGGCGGUGACGAGCGCAGCGGCUCCGCCAUUGGGCAAGGAGGCCUGAGGGACGGGCUGGCUGGGUGCAUAAGGACACCGGAACCGGCGGCCUCGGCAGAGCGAGAGCGAUGGAGGCCAACGUGCCGCCGAAUCGGAAGGAGCCAGCCAAGUCCCUCCGCAUCAAAGUCAUCUCCAUGGGCAACGCCGAAGUGGGGAAAAGCUGUAUUAUAAAGCGGUACUGUGAGAGGAGGUUUGUGUCUAAAUACCUGGCAACCAUCGGAAUUGACUAUGGAGUCACAAAGGUCCAAGUCAGAGACAGAGAAAUCAAGGUCAACAUCUUUGACAUGGCUGGACACCCCUUCUUCUACGAGGUCCGAAACGAAUUUUACAAGGACACCCAAGGUGUGAUAUUGGUCUAUGAUGUUGGGCAGAAAGACUCCUUUGAUGCCCUUGAUUCAUGGCUGGCAGAAAUGAAGCAGGAACUUGGACCUCAUGGGAAUAUGGACAAUGUCGUCUUUGUUGUGUGUGCCAACAAGAUCGACUGCACCAAACACCGUUGCAUUGAUGAAAGUGAGGGGCGUCUUUGGGCUGAAAGCAAGGGGUUCCUGUACUUUGAAACAUCGGCACAAACUGGAGAGGGAAUCAAUGAGAUGUUCCAGACCUUUUACGUGUCCAUAGUUGACUUGUGUGAAAAUGGCGGGAAACGUCCCACUGCAAACAACUGUGCUACUUUCACCAAAGAACAAGCCGACGCCAUUCGCAGGAUUCGAAAUAGUAAGGACAGUUGGGACAUGCUAGGAGUCAGACCUGGGGCCUCGAGGGAGGAAGUCAAUAAGGCCUACCGGAAACUGGCAGUGCUGCUUCACCCGGACAAGUGUGUGGCGCCUGGCAGUGAAGAUGCCUUCAAAGCAGUUGUGAAUGCCCGGACAGCCCUCCUGAAAAACAUCAAGUAGAAGGCAGAGGAAGCGACAUGCAGGCUCAAGUGCAAACAGACUCCCCUUGAGGUGACAUCACCAACAUGGACUUCACAAAUGCUCACUGUUCAGUUCCCUCAUGUGCUGUCAUUUGUAAGUGAAUAGUGUGGGUGCCUGCUACCGUGCUGUGGGCCUUUUGCAGUGAGAUGACCUGCUUCUGUGUGGGAGAGAGCCCCCCCCAUCUCUCAUGCACUGCACUUCAUUUUUUACUGCCAGAUAACUCAGUUUCCGUAAUUGUAGCAUCACCUAGGCAUUCACUACUCAAAUCCAUGAGGCUUCUUCUAGAGAGGGGGAGGCCAGCAGGACACUUGGACUCAGCAUCCAUCCAUAUACCAUCAUCAGAGAAGGGAUAAAACCAGGGAAGAGAAUGACAGCAGCAAGCGGACAGCACCCAGCCCCUGGAUGCUUAGCAUCCCCGCUUCUUAGCUAGUAUUUUAACCAUCAACCUAUGGUUAGAUCCAGGCAUGGGGCACGUGCCUACAGUCCCAGCACUGAGGAGGAUGAGGCAGGAGGAUUGUGAGUUUGAGGCCAGUCUGGAUUACAUGGUGAGAGUCUUUCAAAGAAAAAAGGAAAAAACAAGCACCCCUGUAGAAGAAUGGUCUGUUGACUUGCCAUUUUAGGAAUUCUCUCUGUUCCUUCUUCAGCCAGCAGGGGGAGAGAUGAGCCAGGGCUUAGAGAGAAAGAUAGUGUCCUGAAGAGCUGGGGACCUGAAGCGCACCACGAAUUCCAGAUCUUUGCCCUGCCCCAGACAUAGUUGCUAGUAGAGGCAACAAGGAGUGCCGAGCCCCUGGGAACAAGGGACCAGAGGCAAGGACAGAAGCAUUUAGAAGGCGUGCUAUAGAUUACUCGGGGAUGUUUGUUCAGCCACACCACACGGAGGGAAAGGCCAACUGAGCUCAGGUGUGUUAGGCACUAGACUUGUGUGCCUCCUCAUGCCUGCCAUAGGUGGUGGGAGAGGCAGGCAGGGACUUCUCCACAAGCGGGUCUCUUCCUUCCACACCAGUGUUACUCUGCUUCUCUUCUCGCCCCGUCCUGUUGUCAUUCCCCACAUCUGCUGUGGCCUCUCUUCUUGAAUCCCUAGUUGCCCUAGGCUCAGCUGACUGGAAAGAAGUAUGAUCUGUUGGGGGAACAAUGUGACAUCUUGGGCCUUUGCACGGCAGAAUCUCUGUUUGGGCUACAGAUUUCUGAAGAGAAUUUUUAAAUUACAAGGAUGAAAACUCAUUUCGCAUAGAGAAAGCAUGCUCCCUGCCUGCCUGGUAGACACAUAGCUGGGUGGGGCUGGAUGGAGCUGCAUUUUUUAUAGUGCUGGCUCAUUGCUCGACUUCUGUCUCUUAGCUGUGUUUUUCAUAUUUUUAGCUGCAGCCACUGUGCUAACUGGAGCUUUGCAGGACAGAAAAGCAUUACUAGGCUGUGACUUUUAAGCACCUACCUCCUAAUGGCUGCCAGAUAGCAUCUCUCCCACCUAAGAAGACUCCUGUCUUACAAUCCAAGUCACUGCAGUCUCAUGGACUGCUUUUCUCACCGUAGUAGCCUCGCUCUGCAUGGCUGUGCUCAGCGACACUGAGCUCAAAGUGCUGUCCUUCAUGGAUUCAGAUCUGUGUAAAAAAGAUAAAGAGAUCUGGGGCAUGGCUUUGCGAUUUCUUCUGGCCCUUGAACUGGCUUCUCGGAUGAUAGAACUCCAUCCACCUCAGGUUCCUCUGGGCCUCAGUUCUGCUUGAGGUUUUCCCCAUGCCUAGUGUACCCCACUAUCCACCUGCUCUGGGAACAGAAGGCAUGUGGAUGAGGGAUUGUGCUUGGCGCUGUCAACCUGAGUGAGGGGCCCAGUCUUCGCCAUGGUUUGCAGGGUUCCUGUGCCGAUCCCUCAGAGUGACUUGAAAUGGAGCCUGGGCUUGAUUCUUACAUCUUGAGACUUUGUUUCUGAGAUCUUACUUGUUAACAUUGGGUGGCUGUAUACUACUUUAUAAAUGUAAUUGUGAGAAAAUGAAAAGGCUGAGCCUCAGGAUCCCAGGGUUUUUCUGGUUUUCAUAAUCCCAUCAGCAGGGCUUUAGAACCAUUGACGCAUGCCUCGAGAUGAACCUUAGCUUCUCGGAAUCCCUUACAGACCUCUGUGCUCAUUUAAAUUCUUGGCACACAUAUGUGCUUCGUCCUUCACCCUCUUUACAACUUAACCCAGCUAAGAUCUCAGAACAGUAGCAGGAGUCCAACUCAAUCAUUUCAGUGACUAAACAUUAUUUUAUAAAGGAUCUUAUUUUCCCCCAAAAGGGGAUAAAACAUUUGAACAGUUGUUAUUGAAGAAAAGCCAUUUCUUCUACAUCUGAGUCACCAACAAGUGUCACUUCUUUAACUUAUUGGAAGUCCCUGGAGAUAUGCCAGAGUUAGCUUCCAGUCACCUCAAGCACUUUAGAAUAUCCUCCCCUCUGUCAGAGAGAUCCCCUCCUUUGGUGCCUCCCAGUGAACGGCUCUUCUCCACUGUCAGUGUCUCUUACUUAAGCAUGGCCACUUUAUUUCCCCAUUUCAGUGUGUCCUUGUUUGACCAGCCUGUCAACUUAAGAGUCCAGAUGUGGAGGGUAAAUUCGCAGUCAUUCUAUAAACUGUUCACCGUUCUUUAAGGCUUGUGUUUCACCUCAGGAAACUUGCUCUAGUAUGUUCUCACUGAUUGAAGUCUCAGGUGGGAAGUAUUUCUUUAUACCUGCAAACUGGUACCUAAUUCUGUCUUAGUCCAGAGAGCCAUAGGUCGGGCAGCCAGAUGGCCAGUGAGCCAUAGAUCGGGCAACCAGAUGGCCAGUGAGCCAAAGGUCGGGCAGCCAGAUGGCCAAUGAGCCAUAGAUCGGGCAACCAGAUGGCCAGUGAGCCGUAGGUCGGGCAACCAGAUGGCCUGUGAGCCAUAGGUCGGGCAACCAGGUGGUGAGUGAGCCAUAGGUCAGGCAGCCAGAUGGUCAAUGAGCCAUAGGUUCGGCAACCAGCUGGUCAGUGAGCCAUAGGUCGGGCAGCCAGAUGGCUGAAAGCUCAGUAGUGUAAGACAGGAGUGCCCGCCAGCACUGCAUAAGGGCAGUGGCAGCUGCCACCAGGAGGAUGAAGGAAUUGCUUUUGGCCAUGACAAUGCCCUCUCCAGGUCUGGACUGGCACUUCCCUCACACUGCGACCCAUGGAGCGAGGUCGCCCAGCAUUUUUGGAAAACUUUUGAAAAUGAAUUUAGUUGCAAAAUCAAGCUAAGCAAUUUCCACCGCAGGCUUCACAAGCAAGGAGCCGUUCAUCCUUCUCAUCCCACUGCCGAGCACAAUUUUAGACGUGGUUAGUGCCCCUUGGACAUUGAUUGUGCCAUGAACUGUCUCUGGGGUGGAUGAACGUGUUCCCUUGUGGUGUGGCUGUGGCUGUCAUGCAUUGUGGUGCUGGACUGUGAUACGGCUGUUGGUGGAAGGCCUGGUCCUGGGAUGCUGGGCAGCUGGGGUCAGCUCCCUGCACUGAUCGCCCUCUGCACACCCUUCCCCUUGACUGUGAAUGCUCUUACAAGGUAAUUUACAUAUUUGCUUUCUGUUGAAAUAACUGAAAGUGUUAAAUCUACCAGUUGUUUAUGUCUUGUAUACAGAGUGUCAUAUACAGAGUGUCAUAUGUAUUUAAGUUGUGUAUUUUUAUAGAGUAAAGUCAAAUAGCAAACA